AUGGUGGUGGCGGGGAGAUCAAAGAACACUAUUACUUCAUGUAUAGGUCAAAGAAGUCGGAGAAUGAAUCAUGGCCAAAUUGGGUGGUUAAGAACCCACGAGAAUGAGGAGGGUUUUGGAAGGCAACCACAGCGGAUGAGGAAAUUUGAGAAUGGAAUGUUGGUGGGGCAAAUGAAGACGCUUGUGUUCUAUCAGUUCAAUGGUGAGAAAAAAAUUAGCAAAGAUGCAACCAAGACGAGCUGGAUCAUGCAUGAAUACAGCCUCGUCAAUAAUGCCCAAUUGUCACAAUUCGAACAUUGGGUGCUCUAUGGAAUCAUCCAUCACAAGAAUAAUGAUCUAGGUAAGCAAUAUGAUCAGAAAAAGAAAGUCGUUGAUAUGGUCUCUGAUCAUGAUCAGUCUUUGGAAACACGUAGAAGCCAAUCGGUCCAAGAGUUUCGAGAAUAUCUAACUGCGACAGUGGAGAAUUAA